UUUGACAGUAGUGUCAAAACACAAAUACUUGAUGUGAAUUUUGGAUUAGUAGAAAAUGGAAAGACUUGUGGUAAAAUUGUUAAAUUUGUCAACAAAACAUCUAUGGAACAAUCAUAUGUGGUUCAAAGAGAUUCUUUAACUAAUCCUAUAGAUUAUGUGUUUAUUAUGAAAGAAUACUCUUGGCAAUUAGAACCUGGAUUAGAAUAUGCAUGUUACAUGAUUUAUCAACCUCGAGUGUCUUUCUCUAAAAAUACUGAUUAUUUCACAAUUAUUGAUAGUGAUGGAAAUGAAUGUUUUAAAAUUGUCGCCAAAGGAGUUUGCACAGGUCGUUUUUUUUCUUUUAAUAUUAUACAAUUACUUUUUAUGAAUAAAUAUAUUUUUGUAGGUCCAAGAAUUGAAUUUUCCAAAACGAAGUUAUUUUAUUUUGCCAAAAAAGAAAGAAAAUCCAUAAAUAAACAGAUAAAAAUUAAGAAUAUUUCAAAAGUGUCAGCAAUUUUUCAAUUUGACAUCGAUGAGAAUCAAUAUUCUUUUAAAGUGUCUCCUUCAAGUGGUACUUUAAAAUCAUCUUCUUUUAUUAAUAUCACAAUUGUCUUCGUGCCUUCUAGACCAGGAAUUUACAUUUAUCAUUUACCUUGCUUAUUUUUGAAUCAUAGGCCAAUUAUAAUUGAAUUGUAUGGAUAUUUUGGAUCAGAAUAUUCCAGUGAAAUUGAAUUUCAACAAAAUGUUUUAUCUUCUAUUUUGCCACGACAAGAGGGAUAUGAAAAUUUUAUGAGUAAUGUGAGUAGAAUACGAAGAAAAGUAAUGCCUUUAAUUUCAUUGUCGAAUAAUUACAUUGAUUUUGGACAAGCGUCUAUUGAAUCUGAAAAUUGUACUCGUAGAGCUCUUCAAACUGUCUGUUUUCAUAAUCAUUCUUCAACAAAUUUCCUUGUAAUAUGGGAUAAAGUUGCUUCUAAUAUUUUUAAAAUUAAUCCUCUCAUUGCCGAAGUUAACGAUAAAAAUUCAUCUUUAUUUGAAAUCAGUUUUAAUCCACCAGAAGAAAAUUCUUUUUAUUAUCAAGAAAUUUUACUGACUAUUUCAAAUGUAGAGGAGAAACAUUUUCCCAUGAUAAUACCUUUAAGAAUAAUGGGUCAUUCAUUUUGUAAAGAAUCAAAGAGACCAAUUUCACUCUAUAAAAUUCCUCAAACUAUUUUAAUGCCUGCGUGUUAUCCGAAAUAUCCAGUUUAUACAACUUUUUUAAUAACAAAAUUAGAGAGUCAAUAUCCUCUUAUGUUUCGUUUUUUAUCUCCAGAAAUUAGUAAUUUUACAGUAAAACCAAUGUUGGGAAUAAUUUACAAAGAUUAUCAAAUAGUAACAGUUGAAUUGUUUCCUGAAACUGAGGGUGAACAUUUAUAUUAUGAACGAUGGUCAAUUCAAUUUAACGAUUGUCAAAAAUCAAAAGUUUACAUUGAUUUUAAAGGAUAUGCGGAAUAUUUGAAUCUUCAAUUUGAAACUGACAAUUGUUUUUCCUUUGAUUCUACUUUUCCCGGAUGUUGUCAAUUUCGUCAAAUUUCCGUGAGAAAUAUCACUCGACAUUGCAUAAAAUAUUCGUUUCAACAUUUACCGGAUGAGAUAAAAAUUAAUUACGAUCAAGAUAUUAUUAAUCCAAAUGAAUCAAUUAUACAAAAAUGGAUUUUUCAUCCAUCGAAAAUUGGAAAUUAUAAUUUUACCAUUAAUUGCCAAUUGACUGCUAUCGAUGACGAAAUAAAGGAAAUUCAAGAUUUUCCAAAUAAAAUUCAUGAAAUCAAUGUAUCAGGAAUUAGCGAGAAAGGAAUAUUGAUUGCCACACCAAAUGAACUCAAUUUUGGCGAAUUAGCCAUUCAUAAUACAAAAUCUCUCAGUUUUCAACUUGUUAAUCAUAGUCGUGUUGAAAUUAACUUUAAAAUGUUGACAAAACAGAAAAAUUUACCUAUUGGAUGUCUUGAGAGAGACUUGAAAAUUUCACCAAAAAUAGGGACAAUUUUCCCUCAAGAAAAUAAAUUAAUCAAUGUUACAUUGACUCCACACGAAAAUGGAUUUUACGAAUUUUUCAUUCAAUAUUCAAUACGAAUAGAUAAAAAUUCGGAAAAUUUAAUUUUACACGAUAAAUCAGAAAAUAUUUGUCAAGUUAAUUGCACAAGUGUUUAUCCCACUUUGUUUGUGAAAGAUCUCUUAUAUUUUGGAACUGGACCUGGUUUCAGUAAAGUUUUUCUCUGGAAAUUGAUGAAAAUUAAUAAGCUCAACAAAAUUUUACAAGAUUUGAAACCCAAUUCAAAUCCAAUGUUACAAAUGAAUUUUCCUGUAUUUACAAUUCAUGAUGAACCACUUCGCAUUGAACUUUUAAUAAUAAAUCCAAUGACAAUUCCAAUUUCUUGGUCUUUAAAAAGAAUUAAACUUUGUUCUUGUGAGAAAAAAUUGAAAUCACAAAGUUUAUCAUUUCAAAGUGUUGUUUAUGAUUGUAUUCAUAGAGAAAUAUUUAAAUUCUAUCCUAAAUCUGGAACAAUCAUGUCACUUGGAGAACAAAGACUUUCGUUGGAAAUUCGAUAUCAUUUACUGGGAAUAACCAAACUCCAAUGGGAAUUAAAUUUAACUGAAAAUAGACGAAUUACUUUAAAUGUAAAUUUAAAAUGCAUUUCUGAAGAUUCUGAUGAGCUUAUAUUUUUUAAUCAAGAGCCACCGUUACAUUUUGAUAAAGUUCACAUUGGAGAUUUGAAUCCAAUUCAUCAGAUGUGCUGGUUAUACAAUAGUACUAAACGCGAGAUUUUUUAUUCUCUCGACACAGAAUCAUUAAAUAAAAUAAAUGAAAAAUUUGGUGGACAAAUUUUCACUUGCAUCAAUCCAUCAGGUUCUUUAAAAGGAAUAUCUCAUCAACCUAUUAUUUUUCAAUAUCAUCCAAGGCAAUUUCAGGAAUAUUUAAUAAAAAUUCCAUUAAAACUCGGAAAAAUAGAAACAGAAGUGAUUCUAAAAGGAGAAAGUUCCCGAAAUCCGAUAACAAAAGUAAUUGAACAAAUUUCUCCUUAUCAGGAUAAAUUUUUGAUAUCGGAAGUACCAGUUUAUUUUAAUACCGAUAGUCUCACGAUUUCCCCCUUGACAACACAAUCAACGAUUACAAGAAUGAUUAUGAUUCAUAAUCGUCAUCCUCAAGAUAUAAUUGCGUACUCUUGGGAAAACAACGAAGUUCAGGAAAUUAUUAAAGCGAACAUUCAUCCUUCAAGUGGAAGAAUACAACCCCUUAAAAUGCAAACUUUUUUAUUAACAAUAACUACCGGUUCUCGGCCAUCUAAAAUAACAAUUUGUCUCACUUGUAAAUUUGUCAACAUUAGUGAAAGACGUCUUUAUGAAAAAGAACUUUCAUCUUCUUUAUAUACGUUAAAAAAUUUAGAAAAUGAUUUUACAAUUACCGAAAAGGGAAUUUAUUAUCCGAAAAAUGCACAGAAAAAGAUGAAAAAUUCAAAACCAACUGUACCAUUUUAUAAGGGAUUGACAAUUCGCGCCUAUAUUUAUAGUACAGAGGAUUAUGAAAUGAAAGCAACAUUAGAACAACAAUUAAAACUCACGCCAACAAAAGAAAUUAAUUUACACAAUGUGAAAAAAAGAACUGUUGUUACUGAAAAUAAUUUAAAAGUCUCGAAAUUUAUUUUAGAAUGCAUGAUUUGGGAUAUAUUAAACAGUAGAGAAUUUCAACAUCUCAUGAAAGAAAUUACAAUUAAUUCAACGGAUAUAAAAUAUUCACAAAUAGCAAUAAAUGCAAGCAAGAGGAAAGCUUUAACAAGAAAAUCAUUCAUCAAACCAUCUAAAAAUAUGAUUGAAAAAAUAUUGCAGACAAUGAUAUUUAACAUUAUUCAUGAAGAAUUUGUACUAGACACAAAUCAUUUUGUGGAAUCGUCUGAUAUAAGGCAACUUACCUAUAGAAAAAUUUCGGCAAGCUUCCAAAUGAAUCACAUAAACAAAUUCUCGAAUUGAUUAUUAUUUUUAUAAAUGGUAUCAAUUUUUAAAUAUUAAAAUCUUCUUUUGCAAAAUGAAUUUAUUAAAAAGAAAAUUUUAUAAAAUAUCAACUUUCUUCUUUUUCA